AAUCUGUUGGUAAACUUUUGUGUUUGGAAAACCGUUAAGCACCGUUUUCUCAGGUCCGGAUCUGGUCUUUUGUUGAAUUUUCCGGUGGGGAACGCGUAGCUUAACUUUCCAAACGCCUUGGAGCGUUACAGUGCUUAACGGUUCCUGAAAUUGCAACUUCUCUUCGCCUUGGACAACUUCUCUCUCGGAUCGCACAAUGCCUAAGAAUAAGAAGCCCUCCGUCGAUGCCAAUGAAGACAUGAAGGAAUCCCGGCAAGUUCAAAAUUUGUCUCCCGUUGGUGACACUGUUUCUUGCUCUGGUUCGCACAGUAGUCGUAAGAGUAAUGCGCGUGUAGCUUUACGGCUAGCAGAACUUAAGAGACAGCAAGCUGAGACAGAGUUAGAGAUGGCUAGGUUACGACUAGAAAUGGAAGAGAAUGUUGAUUGCCCUGAUCACCUAACUGUUUCCAAUUACGUACCUGAUGUCGGAGUGGAUCGCAUGAAUCAGUUUUUGAAUGAUUGUCAAGAGACCGUGCCACCGAUAAUUACGCCCAUGUCAUAUCACCAACCGUUACCGGUAGCUUGUCGAACGUCAUUAGAUUUGCCUAAGGUUGAGUUGGAAUUUUUUGAUGGUAAUCCGACAGCUUACUGGAGGUUCAUUAAGCAGUUCGAAUACUUUGUCGAGACCCGGGUGAGUGACGGUGGGCAGCGGUUGCUCUAUUUAGUUUAUUAUUGCAAAGGUCGUGCAAAAGAGGCUAUAAGCGAGUGUGUAAUGCUGCCUCCUGAACAGGCGUAUCACAAGGCUAGAUCCAUACUCCGUGAACUGUUUGGCCAGUGUCACGUUGUUGCCCGAUCACUAAUCGAAGGUCUGCUUACUGGGUUGAGACCGCUUGAUGGGGAUCAUGACGCUUUGUCGCGUCUCUCCAUAAAACUAGACAAUUGUUAUGUGGCCUUGUCUCAGAUGAACUUUACUGCCGAUUUAGACUCCGUGGCUACUAUUGAGCGAAUAGUCCGUGUUCUCCCAAAUGCACUGCAAACCAGAUGGGCAAGAACAGCCGAUUCAAUUGUUCAAGACGGGCGGGACGUUGUUUUUAAGGACUUGGCCGAUUUCGUUGCCACGGAAGCUCGUAUUGCCCGUAGUAGGUUCGGGCAGAUAGCAACACCAGUCGCACCACGACAGCUGAAUGAGGCUCGGCAGCGGCGAGUAUUUCAAGAUAAGGGAAGCGGUCGUAACUUCGCCCUAUAUACUACUUUAGAUACCCCAAAGGAAUCAGUGUGUCUGGCUUGCGGUGACCCUCACAGUACAUCAUCAUGCGCUAUGUUUGCAGGCCUGGAUGUAUCUAGGCGCUGGGAUCUGGUUCGAGACAAGGGCGGCUGUUAUAAUUGUUUAGAGAUUGGUCAUCGUGCCGCCAGCUGCCGAGUCAGCAAGGGUUGCAGCUUGGCCGCAUGCAAGAAGCGACAUCACUCACUGUUACAUAACGAGUCAAUACCGAAGACGCCCGAGGAAAAUUUGAGCCACUGUCACAAUACUGGCAGCACUCCCGGUAAGGUCUCGCUCGGAGUGGUACCCGUGCGUUUGGUAGGCCCCUUGCGAUCUAUCGAGACCUAUGCUUUGAUCGAUAGCGGUUCCGAUAUAAGCUUGGUACAGGAAGAUAUCCUGCGGGAAGCUGGAGUAGAGAUCGAACCUGCUUCUUUGAAAAUGCAAACGGUAAAUGCAUGUACCUCAUUAAACGUGGGGCUGGCUAGGUUCCAAUUGUUUUCUCUGAACGGUUCCGAUAGUGUGCUUGUAGAUCAUGCAUAUUGCUUGAGUCACCUGCCAUUACAACCCGUGACAGCUCCUGUCAGUCAAUUAGCUGAGAAGUGGCCACAUUUGAUGGACGUCAAAUUCGAUGAUUUGAGUGACCCCAGGGUCAGGAUACUACUGGGGGCCGACGUUCCAGAAGCUCACUGGCAGUUUGAACGACGAGACGCGGGACGAAAACGCCCAUUCGCUGUAAAAACCCUACUCGGCUGGACCCUACUUGGUCCCGUUGGUCGGAGUACCCGGCAGUGUGCCUCCGUGAAUUUUGUGCAUUCUGAUGAUAUUCCGCUUGAAGGGCAACUCAAAGUCUUGUUUGAUAGCGGAUUUGAACGUGUUGGUUCGAGUAGUCGGUCAUUAUCCGGGGAGGAUAAAACAGCCCUGUGUAUUGUCGAAAGUUCCGUACGCCUCGUUGAUGGUCAUUACGAAAUAGCCCUGCCGUGGAGAAGUCACAAUGCCAAUGUUCCUAACAAUUACGAAGCAGCUCGGCGUAGGUUAGACCAUUUGAGUAAACGGUUGUCAAGUGAUCCGUCAUUACGAGAACGGUA